AUGGAUACCCAGAGGAACUUGUGGGUACUGACGUCAGGUGAGCUGGUGUAUUACGUGGCUGCUGUUGUUGUACUGCUGGAUCAUACACACAAUACACAGAGACAUUAUACUGAGCAUACCGAGGAUAUACAGUGCUUGGCACUGCACCCGUCACGUGACCUGGUGGCAUCAGGGCAAGGGGCAGGCAGAGCUAGGGAAGCCAGUGCCCAGCUGAGGGUAUGGCACACACGUACCCUAGCAACCCUCCACGUGUUGGGCAACAAGCAGCUAGGCGUGGGCAUCCUAGCUGUGGCAUUCUCAACCAAGAACAAUGGGGAGUUCCUACUUACUGUCGACGGUGAGAGAGAGUACCUAAUGUCGGUCUGGUCUUGGGACAACGAGAAAGUCCUCGGGAAAGUGGCGACUCAUCAACAGGUGUUAGGUGCCUCGUUUCACCCGUUCGACAACAACCUGAUAGUUACUUACGGCCUGGGACACCUAACUCUCUGGUCCAGGAGGAAGGAUGGCAUCUUCACCCGGUCCGACCUCCUCCAGGUCUCUGACAGGAACAUAACUGCACUGGAAUACACACCUGCGGCGACCUAAUUACCGGAGACCAGAAUGGUCUUCUGACGGUCUGGAGUGUUGAUGCUGAGGGCGAUUACUACGUUAAGAAGGAGUUCAAGGGUCACAAGAGUGCCAUCAGCUGUCUACAGAUAGUCAGCAACAGUACUGUACUAUCAGGAGGUGUCAAAGAUAGGAAGGUCAUCGCCUGGGAUACUGAGGACGACUUUGAGAAGAUCGUAGAAAC